AGUUUGUUCUUCCGUGUUUGGCCUUCCUCCCUACUAGCAUGCCAGCAUUACUGACAUUCUCUAGCAUCCGAUUGGCUCCGCCAUUACUACCAUUAUUGCCACCUCUCAUCAAAGUUGGACAAAUGAUAGCCCCAUUCCUGGCCAAGAUUGCUGCUAAAGGGGCUCUGGGAAAAUACAUUAUAGCGUCUAAAACUAAGAUAUUAAUAGGAUCUAAAUGGACAGCCAAAGCAUUGCCCCUAGCCCGAGCUUACUCAAUCAAACAGAAGGCUAAUGGGAAUCGCCAUGAAGAAUAUCACUUUUGGAUUUUCGACAAGUCGGUGGCGAUUUUGUCGGUACUCACGGCUAGCUUGACGACUCUGAUUAUACUAGGCAGUCUCGAGAGGAAUCCCUUUAAUGAGAGAUGGCGCCUCCUCCAUCUGUCAAUCACAGAGGAGCGGGAACUCGGCGAGAAAGCCGCUGAAGAAAUACUCGAGCAAUGCCUCGCAAACGACGCGCGCGCUGUGCUUGCAUCUGACCAUCCAUUGACUCGAGAAGUUGUUCGCAUAGUGGAGUCGCUGAACAGAGAACUGCCUCAGCUACUAGACGAUUAUUUGAAAAGCUCGGGAGCCUCGCCUCACACGUGGGAGGAGAGUAAAGAGCUCAUUCCGCACUGGAAAGUGCAUCUCAUUCUCUCUGACACUUGCAAUGCCACCUGCCUCCCCAGUGGUGAUAUCUUCAUUUACGCUGGUUGCAUCGCACGUUGUGGCACCCGAGAUCGUCUAGCAGCCAUAAUAGCACAUGAGAUUGCCCAUGUUAUCAGCCGUCACGGUGCAGAACAGAUCAGUGCUGCUGCUAUUAUGGACGUCCCUCUAGGGUACUUCUCCUCAUUCGCGACGCUCUCCAUGACAGCCUUUGGUAUUUUCCGAUACCUCUUAAUGUGGCACCGACCUCCCACUAGCUGGAUCGUUGAUUUACCAUAUUCAAGACACUGCGAACACGAAGCAGACGUGCUGGGCAUGGAACUGAUGAGCCGGGCUGGAUACGAUCCUCGGGCCGCUGUAAGUGAGUAUGUAUGAACUUGUGUUGGAGUUGGAAUAUAUGCUCGCUUUCCUCGACACAGCUCAGGAGUUUCCAAAGCUAAUUAUAGAAAUUUAUAUACGAAUGAUGGUAUAAAUGUGCAGAAAUGAAUAAGAAUUUUACCAAAAUUUCCCCGGAAUUUCCAUAUUGUCACCAACACAUGUAGUUGAGCUUAUGCAUAUUGGUGGAAACACUAUUAGAAUGUCAUGGCCGUAUGCACUCGAUUCAAGAUAGCAUAUGAGAGAGUAUGCACAUGGUCAACUACAUGUGUUGGUGACGCUAUGAAAAUUUUGAGGAAUUCCUGGUCGGUUAUGUACACUUCUACCCUGAUUCGUAUAUGAACUCCUAUGAUUAGUGAGGGAAUCCCUGAGCUCAGUUGAGGAAAGCGAUUAUAUAUUCCUCCAACACUGGUUUGAGGAUAACCGUUUCCACCAGAUCGGUUCCCAAGCAGUUCUGGCAGCAGUUGAGUCUGUCGGUAACAAACCAUCGUGGGCGCGAACGCAUCCUCCAUCCGAAGAGCGCGCGUCAAUUCUCCGAGCUAACUUACCACACUGUCUGCAACUCUACGCGGCAAACGCUGCGAAAGAAAUUUAUUACGAAGCCGCACUGGCCGUUGAUGAGAAGUCAUUUGCAAAUCGUAUCAAAACACUAUUUUUCGGUACUGCAGAUCCGCGGCGACGCCGUCUACAAGACACGGUCGAGCAUUGGUCCCGCGUUUUGCGUGAAGACAUAGCACGUCGUUAUUGGGAUGAAUCAGUGCGGAUUGAUGAUGCAGUGACACCGCGAUUUUCUGAUCAUUUACGAAAACUUCUUUCUGAUGUGUAG